UAUAAUCGCCCCACCGCCUCAGCGACCAACCACGUAGCUGCGGGCCAAUAGGUUAACCCAGUUCUAGAUCUACGUUCUGUGGCUUUGUUUGUGUUUUGGGAAUUCGCGUGUUGUGUAAGUUUCAGAAGUGAGCAUUUAAUAGUAGACUAGCAGCAGCCAGGACAUUGAAAUAAAGAUUUCAUCAUUUUGUUGAUUUAAAAGGAGAUGGAGACUCCUAUUGAACCUUUAUUACCAGCAUUUCAUAUAUUGUGGAAUACGGCUUUCUCAGAUUACAGGCGGAACGGGCCCUACAAUCCAGAUUUUCAAAAGUUCGCCAGCCCACUUCAACAGCUCCACUUUUCCCGGGGUCUGCCUCAAAGGGUGGAGCACGACUUGAACGAAAACGAGUCCGGGAAUGUUCAGGGAAUCUCAAGCAUUGACGAAACAGUGGUGGUGUGCACCCUGGACUGUGACAAUGGGGACAGGUUUCUACGGCAGAUCAUCUACGAGAGCUCCAACAAGACCGAGUGGGCGCGAGCCGAGGACCACUUCGUGGAUUGGCUGAACUGCGAGCUGACGUCGCAGCACUCUCAGAAGGUCGAGGCCACAAUCUACAUGUGCUAUCUCCCUAUUGACACAACCUCGCACGGGAUUGGUCUUUGGUUGAAGAAUCUACAAACAGAGGGUAAGGAGAUCAAAGUGACCAUCAAAGUGGCCAGUCUGACCGACAUUGUGUCCAGCACCGACGAAAACCAGAAAGCCAGCGUCAGUUAUCACAGGUGCCAGCACAAUGACGUCAUCAAGGCUUUAAGAAAACUGACCAGUCGAAAUGUACACAUUGAGGCUAUAACCUCAAAAGACUGGACACAUCUUAUGAAGCUACUGACUGACCGGACCUCUCUUCAAGCGUUAGACAAGAACCAACACCACGCCACAGAGGUUUUGAACUCAAUCCUACAAACAGAUCAUCACAACUGAUCAUGGCCAUCCACAUACAUGUUUCUUGAGGAUAAAUAGAUUUAUAAAUAUGGCAAUACUUCAGACACCAUCUGAUACUUAAUGAUUGUUAUUACUCCACUAUUGUCACUAUUGUCAUCUUGUUGUCAACGUUUUGUUUUUUUCCUUUACGAUUCUCAAGCUGGACUCACAGCUCACAUCAUUUCUAAAAAAAAAUUUGUUAACUCUAAAUCAUAGCUCAAAGGUUAACUUCAACUUACCCCAGUUUAGAGAUAAGAGUUUUUACAAGCAUAUUUUCUCCAGAUUUUUUCAUGAAAACACACACACUUUCACACACACACACACACACAUGUAGGGAUUUCAUGAUAUUCCUUAAUUAAGAUGAGAUUAUUAUGUUUUGUUGAUAAAACGUAUGGCCAGGUUGUUUAAGCUCUAAAAAAAUAUUUUCAACAUUGGUAAUAUAACCAAAAAAAUUUAAACAUGUAAACCAAUUCAUCUCCUACAAACGUCAAUUGGAACCUUCAGAAUAUAAUAGGCCUAUAAUAAUGUAUUAUAAUAUAAUAAUGUCUCAACAUUUGGACCUAGAUUCAUUGAAAGGAAUCUUCUUUUGUAAUCCACUUCUGGAACUCUGGUUGUAGGUCUAGGUUGGGUUGUAGCUCCACUAUUCCAACUAAAUUGUUGUAGGCGUAUUAGUUUCUUCAUACAGAACCUCAAUACAAUCUUGAGUAAACAACUUUUGAAGCAAAUAUGAGCUGACUUUUUAUUGACACUACUUAAGGCUUUCAGUUCCAGUGUAGAAACACAAAAUGUUGAGCAGUUUAAACAAAAUACUACUCACUUCAAGACUACACGCUUCCUUGUGUCUCUUCUCACUGGCUUUCAUCAGCCAAUCUCAGCUCAACUCCUCUGUGAAAGUCAAACUCGUCAUUACAUCAGAAUCUAUUCAGCCAAUAGAAACUCGCCCAUUCACUCCAUAACACUUGCCACACUAAAAUAAUUGUCUAUAGUACCUAUACCUUUGUUGUUGUUGUUUAUUUGUUGUUAUUUUUUGGCACAUGCCCCAAUUCUGUUUUCCAAACGUUAUCUCCAUGACGCAGUGAUAGUCAUCCUACAAUUUUUCACACUUGUAUUUGUUCGAAAUCAUUAAGAAACAAAACAAACAAAAACAAUACGAAAGACAUGAAUUCUACAUUUCUAGACAAACUAUGUUGCUUUUAACACCCUGGGUCUAUGAUCAAUAGGGUCACCUGUAAAAAUUCUAUUGAAAUCAAUUUAUUAAAACUGAUGCUGUUGGUUGUUGUUUUAUUAUAUAUAAAGUGUUGUGAUUAUUACUUUUUGGUAAUUCUCUUAUUUCAAAUUUGUCGUUUCGUUUUGUUUGUUAGUCAGUGGAUCUCACUCUAUAAGAUAUAUUUCAUAGACUAUGCUAUCUUUCUGGUAAUUUUGAUUUAUUUAAAUUGAUAUUUUGUUGUUUCAGAAUCGGUUCAAUUUGACAGAAAGUAGCCUUCAAAAACAUUUAUUUUCUUGUGUUAAAUUUCUGAGUAAAUGAAUGUUUCUAAGAUGAAGAAAUUGAUUAUAUUUGUACAGCCUUAAACUCUUCAACACGUUUCGUUUUACUGAUCAAGUCAAAUUUGUUUUGGAUGCAAUAUUUGUCAUUAUACAUGUGACCUUAUCUUCCCACAACAUGGGAGUUUUGACCCUAAUCUAGUCAAUUUUAUUGUAGAUUUAUGUUUAUAUAAUUAAAUUAUCCUUGCUAUUCUUUAGCAGUGUCAAUUUUUUUAAUUUAGUGACAAAGAUAUUUUUUUUAAUUAAACAAGAAAAAUGAUUUUGGCUGCACAAGGCAAAAUCAUAAUUUGUGUAAGCGGCAAUGCAUAACUUGCCUAAUUGGACUGUAUCUUUGAUUUUAUCUUUUUUUCUCUUUUGUCUUUAUUUCAUUUAUUAUCAACAUAUUAACAUGUUUAACAGAAACUGGACAAAACAUGUCUUGAUACUUAUACUAUGUAAAUAUUUUACCACCUUAAAUGUUUUUGUUGUAUUCUUUCUGAAACUGUGUAACUUUAACCUUUGUACUCUUGUCCAUGACUUAGCUGUUUCAGUGGCUUAUAGUGUUCUAGAAUAGACUGCCAGGAAGUGUUAAUACUGGACCAAACAUUGUAAAUGGCAUUUGCUUGUUUUUUUUAAAUGUCUUGUGGAAAGAGAUUUCAUAAUCGUAUUCAAAGUUUUAUAUGUCUUUUUUCUUUAUGUGACACGUUCUAAGUUAAAGUUUUUAACAUAUUUCGAUGUACAAAAUAAGAGAUGGUAAGGAACCAACUGGAAAAUCGCUUAGUUUCUCAAUUUUUCGUCACGAGUUCAAACCCCAAAGAAGCCUGGGAUCAAUGAACUAUUUGGAAGCACCUGCAAACCUCUGAUUGAACAAUCUUUGUGCUGGCCACAUGACAUCCUUGUCAAAUUUCAUUAAUAGAGUCUAGUUUUACAUCAUCGACUUAAGGAACAUCAAGGUCUCAACGUGGAACCUUGGCUUUAGAAAUCAAGACUAUCCUAUUUGUUCGAAUGUAUUAAGGAGACAGAAUUAGUUUGAAAAUAAAAUUUUAAAAUAUCUUUUAAA